CUUGAUGACCAAAGUAUCUAAUGACAUCGUCGUCACCUUAUUUAUCGGGAACAACAUCUUAACCACAGUGUGCCUCUUAUUGGAGGAAGCAAAUGUUUCACAAACGCUGGAGCGUGUACAGUGGGAACGCAUACUGUCCGCACACCGGAAAUAUGGUACGUCACUGUUUGUAUUAUAAACUGAAAGCAGCAGCUGUUAUAUCAAAAUGAAAAUGAGGGCGCAUUGUGGUUUCCUUGGAAAUAUAGUUAACAUUUAUUUUUAAAUUCCAAGUUUUAUAUUAGUCUGUCUCAGAAAUGGCUACUGGAGGAGGUGGACCGGCAGCAUCCGCAUCUCCUGGGGGUGAUGGGGCCCCUUCUAAUUCUCCUUUCAGUGAUGGGAAAAAUCCAGCAGGGUUAGUACCAGUACCAGACUCUCAUUCGUUCUCUCUGGGUAUUCAGAGGGAGCCCAUGUACAACUGGCAAGCUACUAAAUGUUCUGUGAAAGAACGCUUUUCCUUUCUUUUCAAUAACGAGUUGUUAAGCGACGUCAGGUUCGUUGUAGGCAAGGGGAGACAAGCUCAAAGAAUACCAGCUCACAAGUUUGUUUUGGCUGCGGGGAGUGCGGUCUUCGACGCCAUGUUCAACGGGGGCAUGGCGACUACAUCUGCCGAGAUAGAGUUGCCCGAUGUGGAACCUGCUGCUUUCCUUGCACUGCUGAGGCUCGAUUGUUUGAUGAACCUCAGCUUGCUAGUCUCUGUUUAGAUACCAUAGACAAAAGCACAAUGGAUGCAAUAAGUGCAGAAGGCUUCACUGAUAUUGAUUUAGAUACACUUUGUGCAGUUUUAGAAAGAGAUACUUUAAGUAUUCGAGAAAGUCGACUGUUUGGUGCAGUUGUUCGUUGGGCUGAAGCAGAAUGCCUGAGGCAGCAGCUUCCAGCAACUACAGAGAACAAGCAAAAGGUACUUGGAAAGGCUGUGUUACUCAUUCGCUUUCCACAAAUGUCCAUAGAAGAAUUUGCUGCAGGUCCUGCCCAGUCAGGGAUACUAUCAGAUCGGGAAGUGGUAAAUUUAUUUCUUCAUUUCACUGUUAAUCCCAAACCCAAGGUGGAUUAUAUUGAUAGACCAAGAUGUUGUCUCAGAGGGAAAGAAUGUUGCAUUAAUCGAUUUCAGCAAGUUGAGAGCCGUUGGGGCUACAGUGGUACAAGUGACAGAAUUAGGUUUACUGUUAACAGGAGAAUUUCCAUAGUGGGUUUUGGACUUUAUGGUUCUAUUCAUGGUCCCACAGACUACCAGGUCAAUAUACAGAUCCUUGAAAAUGACAAAAGCCAAGCCGUGGGGCAGAAUGACACUGGAUUUAGCUGUGACGGGUCUGCGAGUACUUUUAGAGUUAUGUUUAAGGAACCUAUAGAAAUAAUGCCGAAUGUAAGCUACACGGCAUGUGCAACUCUCAAGGGUCCAGAUUCUCAUUAUGGAACAAAAGGAUUGAAGAAAGUAAUUCAUGAAUCCUCUACAGGAAGCAAGACUUGUUUUUUCUUCUUUAGUUCUCCUGGAAAUAAUAAUGGAACAUCAGUGGAAGAUGGACAAAUACCAGAAAUAAUUUUCUAUGCGUAACUUUUUGAUACUGCUUCAUACCUCAGGUUGCAGUCAAGUCAUCCUGCAGUAUUCUUCUCUUUUGCCAACUAUACUUCCAAGGAAAGACUGUUACUAAAACUGUCUUAAGUAUAAUAGCAGGAUGCAGAAGCAUUGGACACAGCCAAUACUUGUGUGUAGAGUACAGUGUGAUAUAUUACUGGAAUAUUACACACCGGUAUGAGACUGAUCAGUGUAGCUUAUGUGAUCUACAAACCCUCAGGAACAUGAAGAAUGUGGCACUAUCAGUGCAUUUUCUCCCUAAUAUGUAAUUGGUAUAGAGUAAAUGAUGGUAUGAAAAAUUCUUCCAUUUUUGCACAUAAUUAUGUUUUAUUUAAACUGCUCUAUCUAUAUUUAUGCCUCAGUAGUGAAAAUAAGCAUGGUUUUAUCAGCACUGUAUGACUGUUUUUUGAUGGUAAUGUUGUUAGCCCAGUAAGUUAGAUUCAAAUCUGUGUAGGAAAAUACUGGGGUAGUUUUGACUUUGUUUAACCAUUUUCAUUUCAAAACCAGUUAUCGGACGCACCUUAAUUAGUGAGUUGUUUUACCACCUUCACACAAUGCUGCUAAGUCAUUACCUUCAUUGUUUUUUUUUUUCUUGACUAUUUAUUUGUUCAAGGAUAUAAUGACUUUGGAUCAUUACAGAGUUUGCUAACAAAAUUAAAUACAUUUUAUUGUAACCCUUGACACAUGAAAUGAAGUUUUUUUUUUUUAAUGAAAUGGUGAAAUAAAGUAUAUCAGAGGUA